UCUUGGCAGUUUGUUGUUGAGGACCAGCCUCUCAGAUUAAUCUGCGCAGGGUCGCAGAGGCGUGUGGUUGUUUUUAAAACGACUGAGUGUAUGAGCGGCGAGACCGAGUUUCUCCAAAGCUACCGCAACAACAAGGAGUCGGAGCUGGGGAUGGAUGUAGACAUGGAUUCGAGUCAUAUUGAAAGUGAGCGGGGAGAACUGGACAGUAGCAUCCCGGCUGCGUGUUCCUCUAACGGCAGUGGCGGGGAAGAAGACGAGGCGGAGGCCGUUGGCCGUGGGAGACAAGCCGGAGGUUCUAAUAACCAGCACACCCCGGACGUAGGAGGAAUUCUCGGCAGCGGUAGAGAGCAAGAGGUGUCGGUCGAGAUCGGAGAGACUUAUUUAUGUCAAAGAGCCGACAAGACAUGGCAUACAGCAGAGGUUAUUCAGUCCCGACUGAACGAGCAGGAGGGCAGGGAGGAGUUUUAUGUUCACUAUGUGGGAUUCAACAGACGCCUAGAUGAGUGGGUGGGCAAGGCCCGACUGGCACUUACCAAGACGGUGAAGGACGCCGUGAGGAAGAGCACGGAGAUCGGAGGUGUCGGUGAUUUGGGUGACCAGCCUGAAAGGAAGAUCACCCGCAACCAGAAGCGCAAGCACGAUGAGAUCAACCACGUGCAGAAGACAUAUGCAGAGAUGGACCCAACAACAGCUGCACUGGAGAAGGAGCAUGAGGCGAUCACCAAGGUGAAAUAUGUGGAUAAGAUCCAGAUUGGAAACUUUGAGAUUGAUGCCUGGUACUUCUCACCGUUCCCAGAAGAUUACGGCAAGCAGCCCAAGCUGUGGAUCUGCGAGUACUGCCUUAAAUACAUGAAGUAUGAGAAGACCUUCAGACAUCACCUGUCCCAUUGUCAGUGGAAGCAGCCUCCAGGAAAAGAAAUCUACAGAAGAAGCAACAUAUCAGUGUUUGAAGUAGAUGGACGGGACCAUAAGAUCUACUGUCAGAAUCUUUGUCUACUAGCAAAACUAUUUCUCGACCACAAGACGCUGUACUUUGAUGUGGAGCCAUUUAUCUUCUACAUCCUCACUGAAGUCAACAAACAGGGAGCGCACAUAGUCGGCUACUUCUCCAAAGAGAAAGAGUCUCCAGAUGGGAAUAACGUGGCGUGUAUUCUCACUCUGCCGCCUUACCAACGCAGAGGCUACGGAAAGUUUCUCAUAGCUUUCAGCUAUGAACUGUCUAAGCUGGAGAGCACAGUUGGUUCUCCGGAGAAGCCUCUCUCUGAUCUGGGGAAGCUGAGCUACAGAAGCUACUGGUCCUGGGUUCUGUUAGAGAUCCUGAGGGACUUCAGAGGAACGCUGUCCAUCAAAGACCUCAGCCAGAUGACCAGCAUCACGCAGAGUGACAUCAUCAGCACGCUGCAGUCGCUCAACAUGGUGAAGUACUGGAAAGGUCAACACGUUAUCUGUGUGACGCCCAAACUGGUGGAGGAGCAUCUGAAGAGCGCCCAGUACAAGAAACCACCAAUCACAGUGGACACUAUGUGUUUGAAGUGGGCGCCCCCCAAAAAUAAACAAGCCAAGUUGUCCAAGAAGUGAGACGCAGAGCCAGUGACGCCACAUCUGUCCAUCAGCCUGUGCAUAUCAUCCCUGCUGUGAUGAAAACCCACUGUAUAUAGCUCUUAGUAGCAUCUGUCACUAUUUUCUCUAAAUAUAUGUAUAAAAAA